CCUAAAGUAUGAUGGAUGUGGCUUUGUGAAAGGCUUUUUGCACAUGACCCCUGCUGUAGUCCAAGAGUUAAUGAAUUCAGAUGUCCUCAGAGCUGGAACAUGAGCACCUUUGUGACUCUCUCAACAGGGCAGAAGAUGCCCUUGGUCGGACUUGGCACAUGGAAGAGUGCUCCAGGACAGGUGAAGCAGGCAGUGCUGGCAGCUUUACACUGCGGGUACAGACACAUCGACUGUGCAGCUGCUUACAGCAAUGAACAGGAGGUCGGAGAGGCUUUGGCUCUGAGGGUCGGUCCUGGGAAGGCUCUGCAUCGUGAGGAGGUGUUUGUUACUUCCAAACUGUGGAACACCAAGCACGACCCAGAGGAUGUUGAGGAAGCGUGCAGGACCAGUCUAGCCCACCUGGGUCUCACCUACCUGGACCUUUACCUCAUGCACUGGCCCAUGGCUUUUCAGCGGGGGAAGGAGCUGAUGCCUCGACGGGAAGAUGGAAGCAUUUGUUACUCUGAUACACACUAUAGACACACUUGGACGGCCAUGGAGAGUCUAGUGGAUAAAGGUUUGGUCAAGGCUAUAGGACUGUCCAACUUCAACGCCAGGCAGACUGAUGAUAUCAUCAGCAUGGCCAGACACAAACCUGUGAUCAACCAGGUAGAAUGCCAUCCUUAUUUGUCUCAAGCAGAUCUCCUGUCACACUGUCGGUCAGUGGCAGUUUGUGUGACAGCCUACAGUCCUCUGGGCAGUGGGGACCGACCCUGGGCCUCUCCUGAUGAACCAAGUCUGCUGGAGGAUCCUCGACUGGGAGCUAUCGCCCAGAGAUACCAGAAAACACCUGCCCAGGUCAUACUCAGGUGGCAUGUUCAGAGGGGUGUAGUGUGUAUCCCUAAAAGUGUGACGCCCUCCAGGAUCCAGCAGAACUUGCAGGUGUUUGACUUUUCCCUGUCCGAAGACGACGUGAAGCUGAUUGAAUCGUUCAACCGCAACGAGCGUUUCAUUGUCCCAUCAGUGGAGCGGGGUGGUAAGAGAGUGUGGAGAGAUGCAGAACAUCCUCACUUCCCCUUCCAUGAUCCUUACUGAGUCUUCGUCCACAGGAUGCAAUAUCUUGCUUUUAAUAAUUGUUGUCACAUACACUGAAGAAACCAUUUUUUUGUUUAAUUCAAAUAUGAUCAAAAUCAGUUUCCUUUUGUGAUGAAUAAUAUUUAGCGACUGCAUCCAUCAAGAACAUUGCUUGCAACAUGUUUCUCCAGUCAAGUGAAAUUGCAAGAGGGGGGCUUUUCCAUUGCAUUAUGUUUUCUUUCUUUGCCAGAGUGACACUGUGUGGUCAGUGACAGAACAACCUCUCUGUCCAACUUUAACAUGGUGCCUGUAUGUUUCACAGAGACUAGACUUUCAGGGGUUGAUCAUCACUGAGUCACAGCAGCAGCACUGCACAUUGCACUUCUUAACUAAUCAAUGAUGAAUUACCUUUACAGUGGUCAGGUAGCAUAAUAAUGCAAUAAUGGAAGGGCUGUCCCUAUUCCCUAGUCAUACCAUAUAAACACAAUGUCCUGGUGACCCCAGUGUGAUUCCAACCAAAGGACUUUGUUGCUUGUCAUUUCUGAACCUCUCCAUGUUUUCUUUCUGUCCCUACUUUCAAACGAUCAAAAAAAAAAAAAAAAAUGUACAUCAAAUCUGUAUCAAUAAAGAAUUUCAAAACAGACACUGAUAA